GCCGGCGCACUCUCGUGACGCAGCCCCCCCGGCGCCGGGGAAGAUGGCGAUCCUGGUGAAGGGCGUGGGAUGGGCCCCGCGGCCGUUGCUGCCGGCGGUCCAGGCUUGGGACCUCGACGCCCGGCGCUGGGUCCGGGCGCUGCGGCGGAGCCCCGUGAAAGUGCUGUUUCCGUCCGGAGAGGUGGUGGACCGGAAGCCCGGCCCCGGGAAGCGGCCCCGGAAGGCGGCGGCCGAGGCCAGUCCCCACGUGCAGCGACCGAAGCAGGCGCCUCAGGAGCCCCCAGCCCAGACGCCCAGCACCUGGGAAGAGUCGGGGCUGCGCUACGAUAAGGCCUUCCCCGGGGACAAAAGGCUGAGCAGCGUGAUGACAGUCGUCAAGUCCAGGACAUUCCGGGAAAAGCAAGGGAAGAUCCUGCUGGAAGGCCGCCGGCUGAUCGCGGACGCCCUCAAGGCCGGCGCUGUGCCCCAAAUGUUCUUCUUCAGCCGCCUGGACUACCUGAAGGAGCUGCCCGUCGAUAAGCUGAAGGGGGUCCGCCUCGUUAAGGUGAAGUUUGAGGAAAUCAAGGAAUGGUCCGACCUAGUCACACCGCAAGGAAUCAUGGGGAUUUUUGCCAAACCUGAUCACGUUAAGAUGACAUUCCCAGCAACUCAGCUUCGCCAUUCACUGCCCUUAUUGUUGAUUUGUGACAAUCUCCGAGACCCUGGGAACCUGGGGACGAUUCUGAGAUCUGCUGCUGGGGCAGGUUGCAGCAAAGUAUUACUCACCAAAGUCACACGUCGGAGUGCAUGUCUCUGCCAGUGUGAGAGCUGGGUGCUUGGGCUCCAUCAUCAGUACCCACUUACCUGCCCCAUUGGCUGUGUGGAUCCCUGGGAGCCCAAAGUGCUGCGGGCAGGUAUGGGUGCGCAUUUCCAGGUGCCCAUCAUCAACAACCUGGACUGGGAAACAGUGCCCAAGUACUUGCCCGACGAUACCCGGGUCUACGUGGCAGACAACUGUGGCCUUUAUACCCAGGCCCAGAAAUCUAAUAAAGCCAGUGACCAUGGCUGGAUGUGUGACCAACAACUCUCGAAGAUUCACAAGUAUGAGGAGGAGGAGGAGGAGGAUCUAGAAACUGGAGCCAGUAAAGACUGGCUCCCUGAACUUGAGGUGCAGAGUUACGACUUGGACUGGACAGAGGCCCCAGCAGCUGUGGUCAUAGGUGGGGAGACGCAUGGCCUGAGCUUGGAGUCCCUGCAGUUGGCUGAGAGCACCGGGGGCAAGAGGCUGCUGAUCCCUGUCGUGCCUGGUGUGGACAGCCUGAACUCGGCCAUGGCUGCCAGCAUCCUCCUUUUUGAAGGGAGAAGACAGCUGCGGCUAAGGGCGGAACACUUGAGCAGGGACAGGAGUUAGUUGCCCCUGAGAGGGACGUGGAAGUCAUCCUUGGUUUGAGGCUGUCUCUAGCUCUCCUACAUUAGGCUGGCAGAGUUGGUCAUUAUGGCUUCCCAACAGCGAGGCAUAAAACUGUUGGGUGGUUAUUAAAAAUAGGAAUUUCCUUGAAUUUUUGCUUAUUCUUAAAAAUAACAAAGGUCAAGAUUCUUCCCGAGAUCUCCCAUUCCCCUCGCACCCCAAUUUUUUAUAUAUAUGUGAAGGCUACAGGUGAUGGCAUUCAAUAGCCAGCUGUCCUUUCCAGCUGGCUGUGUCAGUCUCUGCAAUUUGUUCAGGCCCUGACUUAAACAGCCAUUGUGUAUGUAGAACACGAUUCUCCCACUUCUGGUGAUACAGCUGAUAGAAGCAGCUUAGUUCAAGUGGCAUUAUACCUUCUUAGCACCUCUGCAGAUAAUCUUUUUAAGGGCUCUGUUCAGAAAAGGAGGAAGCAGUUUUAGAAUCUUCAGCUUAGUCUGCACCCGUUAGGAAAGCUGUACCCCUUUUACUUGCUUCCUGCUGUUAUGUAACACUACCUUAUGUAACACUUUUGGUUAAACGUACUGAUUGGAGUUACUUACAUUAGUCCCCUCUCCUGCAUAGAGGAACAGAACUUAGGAAAGUGCCAGCAUUCCUGGUUGCUGUGCAAACGAGGGCUUCUGUGAGGGGAGAGAAGCUGAGGUUCUGAGGAUAAGAGCCAGGGACCCUUGAACCCAUAACACUAGCAAGACCCUGCUCUUCUGUCAAACCCCCAGCAGAUAGUGACUGACUAGGUCCUCACCAUGUGCCAACUGGGGUGUAACCAGGAAUAGGCAAAUGCAGGUAGUAUUUGCUGUGCUUUAAGUCACUGCGGAACUCAAGGGUGGGACCUAUUUCAGUCUGCUUUUGUGACCACAGAGGAUGUGGUUGGAGUUGACACCACCACGAGCAGUGUGGUUUAUUGCAUCCCUUCCACACAGUGGCUCCUGCAAUGGUUAGGGUUCCUUGGGAGCCCUUCAGCUGCUCAUUCCAGGGAGGCUGAGUUGCUGGCAUUCCUAAGAGGCACCGAGAUCUUCCUUUGCCUUUGGCUUUCCCAGGUCCCUGGUUAAACUUCCUUUCAAGAGUCAAGUCUGACUCAUGCCCUAGGUGGCAGAGGAGAUUGCUUUGGCAUGUUUGAGGGGAGGAGUUUUUGCAGGAACAAUCUGGUUGGUUCUCUCCAAGGCUUAUCAGAACUUUUGUUCUGGUGCCACGCUCUGGUCUGGCUGGGUCUGCCUAGGGCCCCCCCCAAAUGUCCAAUGCAAGUGGCCCACAGAUUAAGACCGUCAACUUGUAGAAAGUGGAGGAGCCCACAAAGGCUGGGGCUUAGUCUGCCAGCUUCACAGCCACAAUGCCCAGCACUAAAUCUGGGAGGCGGCCCAGAAAACUACCACCCCUCUGUUGACAUUUGGUCUCAACACCUUGGAAAAAGUGCUAAAGAAAGUCACUAAAAGGAAGCCCAGGCCCAGUAUUAAACCAGUCUGUAAUUUCUGUCCCUGGGUUAUGCUUCCUGCUGAUUUUUGUUACAAAAUAAAAAUGAAAGAAAC